AUGCCUACUAUAGGAGAAAAUAAAUAUAGAGAUAAAGCAAACGCAUUCAUAGAUGACGCAAGAAAUUAUAAAAGAAAAUCGAUUGAUGAACAAGAUGAUUAUUCAAUAGUUCAAGAAUUACUCUAUCUAAAUAAUGAAAAAAAAAAUAUACAGCAUACACAUAAAGAAAAUUUAUUUGUAAAUGUUGAAUUAGGUUCAACUCGUACUAGUGCCAUAGGAUUAAAUUUUUUAAAUGAUGGUAAUACACACGAAAGAAAAACUAAUGAAUCGAAGUAUAUUAAAAGUUAUGAGCAUUCUAAUGAUCAAAGUGAAUAUAGUUUAGAAUCUCCUUUAAAUGAAUUGCAAAGGUAUCAGUUGACUUUACUAAAAAAAAGUAAUCCAUCUUGCCCUAAACCGCAAAAAGUAAUACAAAUUAAAAAUGAUGUUGAAAAAGAGGGAUGUAAAAAGGUAUCAAAACAUGAAGAAAAAAUUAGAGUUAAAAAUGAAGAUUCAAAUAUAAAUAUUUCUAUAAAAGAAAAUAUCAAAGAAUGUAAUAAUUCUAAUGAAGUAGAGAUGCAUAGGCGUGAUUUACGAAUAAUUCCUAGGAGAAAUUACAAUGAAUUGUUAUCAAAUGGAACAGAAGACUCUAGGUUAAAUAAUCAAAAAGUUAUCAAUUUAAAAAAUAUUGAUAUUCAAGAUACUAUGAAAAAUAGUAAUUUCAUGAAUAAUCGUGGAAUAAAAGAUUUAUCCAAAAUACAGAAGAAUGAUAACAGUAAUUAUCAUAAUAUGUUAUCUUAUGAUGUUAAAAUUAAAAGGAUAAAUUCUAAAAGUAAGGGAUAUGACAAUGAAAAUACAAAAAAUGACUGUAGUAGUAAGAAUAAAGCAUAUAAAUUAGAUGAAGACACAUUUCAUAAUGAUUCAAACAAGAAAAAUAAGGAAAAACAUAAAAUAUUAAUUCACAACUCUGUAGACAAUUCAGCUAUUAGAAACAACCAUCUUAAAUGUAGUGAUAAUGCAUAUGAAAGUUACGUAAUAGAGAAGAAAAGUCAAAAUUUAAUUGAUAAAAAAAAAAUAGAUGAUACAAACGAUUACGAUGAUAACAAUGAGAGCAAUGUAUAUGACAAUUUGCAUAAAAAUAUGUUAUAUGAAAUUUCAAAAAAUAGUUAUACAAUGGAUCAAAAUUGUAUGAUUUACAAGAGAAAAAAUUAUGAAAAGAAUAAUAUAAUAGAAGAAAAUAAUUAUAUUCAUUCUAAUAAUGAUCAAUAUAUCAAAAAAAAUAAUCAUAGAUUAAAUAAUACACAUAUGGGUUUUUCCGUCGUUCAUAAUGAUAUUGAUGAUACAACUAUGAAUAAUAAUAAAAAUGAAAUAAAAAUUAUAGAAAAAAAUGAGUCAAUUUUAAAUAUAAAUAUUCCUAAUAAAAGAAAUAAAUCACAUGAAAAGAUUGUUGAUCCUAAUAAAAAUGUAGAAUAUGACAAAAAUGCAAAAACCUUAAACAAAAAUAAAAAUGUAUCUAAUAUAAAAUUACAAGAUAAGAACAAUUAUGAUAGGGUACAAAAUACGAAAUCUUGUAAUAGUACUCCAAAUAAAAAUGUGAAUACAAUUAGAAAAAAUUUAAAUGUUAGCUCUAAAAUAAAGAACGAUAAAACAAUAACAUACAUUACAUUUGAAGAAUUAACAGAUUUUCAAUUUGAAAUCAAUAUUGAUAAUAUCAGCGAAAUGGUAACAGAAUUAGUAGAGCCUCCUAAAGAUCAAGAGUGGACGAAACAAAUAGAAAUUUUAACUAAUUUAAGAAAAAUUUUAAAAUUUUACAAUAAAUUAUUUUUUGAAAACCAAGUAAAAGAAUUGAGAAAAAUUGUUAGAUCAAUUGUAGAAUUAUUAAAUAGUCCACGAUCAAGUGUGUCAAAGAAUGCAUUAUUAUGUUUAUCUGAAUUUUAUUAUAUUGGGAAAAAAAAAACGGAUAGUACUUUAGAUGAUAUUAUUUUACCAUGCUUAAAAAAAGCACAUCAAACAUCAGUUGAUUUUUUAAGUAGCGCUGCUAAUAAUACACUAUUAUCUAUUUGUAAUUCAUGUAGUGAGAGUAAAUUGAUUCUCUAUUUUAUUAAAUUAAUUACAUCAAAACAGAAAACAUACAAUUUAAUAUGCUUGAGAUGCCUAAUUGCUGUGAUUAUUAAAUUUGACCAAAAUAUUAUUAAAUUUAAGGAAAUAAAUAAAUUAAUAGAAGCCAUUUUAGAGUGUACUGCAGGAGGAAGCGCUGAGAUAAAAUGCACAUCUAGGGUCGCUUUAGUAGUAUUAGACAAUAUAUAUCCAAUAAAAAAAUUGCGAAGUAAAUUAAACCUUUCCAUGGACACAAUAAAAAAAAUAGAAAAUUUCAUAGAAAGAACAUCAGAAAAUGAAAUUGAUUUAGUAUUAGGAAAAAUUAAGUUUAAUUAA